AUGUCGUUCUCGACGGGAAAAUCCCUCCGCAAGGCGUCGCUGCAGCCGGGCACGGCACCUGUCAUUAGUGUCGACGCGCCGGCCGUGCGCCGGUCGUCGCUCGGCCUCUCCACGUCCAUGAUCUACCCGCAGUCCCCUGCGGAGCGGCACGAGUCGGUCAAGGUCACGCGCGCAAUGGAGGAGCGGUACGGCUUCAACUUUCUCACCAACGAAUUCUCGACAAACGCGAGCUUGGAGAAAGAGUACCAAGCGUACUGCACCGAGAUCAAUUUGAACCCGGCUUGCAACUCGAGCAUCCUCCUCUGGCUGCUCUGGAUCGUCACGAGCUUGAUUGAGCUCCCCAAACUCAUUGGCGGCGACGCGACGGAGCGGUCGAUCUCGCUCACGAGCCUCCUCUUCUCGCUGCCCGUCCUGGUGGCCACGCCAUUUCUCGUCAUGAUCGUCCGCAACAAAAAGUACCAAGACCGCAUGCAGCUCAUCUUUUGCAUUCUCGUCCAUUUCUGUGCCUUCUCGCUCCUUGGAUCCGGCCUCGUGUGUGCGAGUCAAUUCACAUUGCACAUUGCCCAGCGCGACAUUGGCGGCAUCGAAUCGAUGGCGGCCAAUAUGAGCGCGGUCGCCGCCUCCUUCUGUGGGUACGUGGCGUCGGCCUACCCCGCUUCGUUUGUCGGCAACCUCACCGGCCAAGUCAUGGUGUCGACCCCGAACGCGCUCGUCGUGUACAACAGCGUCGCGCUCAAUAGCUCGCAGAGCUUUGGUCUCAACAACUACUCGAGCUUUUGGAGUUAUCCCGAUCGGACGGGCACGCUUCAAAUGACACUCGACUACUAUGUCACGGACGUCGUGCUGCCGAUUGCGCAGCUGAAUGCGAAUUUGGUUCGACCGCUCAUCAUCCUUCUCAUUGCGCCGCUCUUCAAGCUUGACACAUAUUACUUUAUCGCAACGGCACUCACGACCAACUUGUGCUACUUUAUCUUUCUCUCGCUCGUGUUCCCGGUCACGUCCGAUCAGUACCUCAUUCGCAACAAGUUCUACCUCGUCUUUGUACUCGCGGGCCUCUCGUCCAUCAUGGCGAUCCGCGUGCGUCAAACCGACCGGUUUAUGCGGCUCAACUUUUUGCACAUUCGAUCGGUCGAAGAAAAAGUGCGCAUCGCCCAAGAACAAAAAGAGCAAAUUCAAAAUGAAAACCGGUCCCUCAAACGCAUGCUCGAAGCGCAGACCGGCCACGGCAGCGACGCGUUGGAUUUAGACUCGCCCAUGGCCAAGGUUAUCACGGACCUCACCAAGAUCCAGCAGUCGCCCAACCUCGACGCCGGGCUUCAGCAGCACCUCAACGAGAUUGUGACCUUGCUCACCAAGCAGGGCCACAACCUUUUUGCGCCCGACAUUCACGAACAACUCAAAAUGAAGCGCGAAGUGGACCUCGAUGCGGAUACCAAGGGCUGGGCCACAACCGUCCUCGCGAGCAAAUCGUACCAGCGCAACAACAACCGGCGGUCCUCGACGCAAAGCGACGAAGAGUCGGUCCAGCCCGUCAUGACGCUGCGACCUGAAGUGCGCCUGCCCGACGAAGCGAUCUUGAGCAAAGUCAACGACAUGAUGAAAGCGGGUGGCUGGAACGUCGACAUCCACGCCGUUUCGGAGCUCUCGCAUGGGAAACCGAUUUCCUACGUGACGUAUGUCAUCUUUGAGCGCCACAACAUGUUCAGCUUUUGCUCGGUCGAGAAACACACGAUGAUCAACUUUUUCUGGUUCAUCGACGCCGGGUACCUCCCCAACCCCUACCACAACAAUUGCCACGCGGCCGACGUGGUCAACUAUGUCGAGUUUAUGAUCUCGACCGUCGACAAUGGGUUCUUCCUGACGCUCCUCAACAUCCAAGAAGUGUUUGCCGCGAUUGUGGCCGCCGCGAUCCACGACUUUCGUCAUCCGGGCAAAAGCAAUAAUUUUCUCGUCAAGAGUCAGCACAGCCUCGCCGUGCGCUACAGCGACUCGUCGGUGCUCGAGCGCAUGCACUUGGCCGAGUCGUUCUUUCUUGCGUCCGAGCGCGACUUUAACAUCUUUAGUGGCAUGAAGCCCAAGCAGUACACGGAAGUGCGCAAGGCCAUCAUCGAGAUGGUGCUGACCACGGAUCUUUCGGUGCAUUUGCAGCUCGUCGGGUCGCUCAAGGCUGCACUUCUCUCGCAGAACCGCAACGACGUGAUGGACUCGCCCAUGAUGCUCAUGAAGAUCAUCAUCAAGUGCGCCGACGUCGGGCACUCGUCCAAGUCGACGCAGCUCCACGCGCGCUGGUCGGAGCUCAUCAUUGAAGAGUUCUUCCUCCAAGGCGACGAGGAGAAGGAGCUUGGCAUGGAGAUCUCGCCGUUCAUGAACCGGUCGCUCGAGAACAGUGCCAAGAACCAACUGGGCUUUUUCGAGUUUAUCAUUCUGCCGUUCUUUGAUGUGGUGGCCGAAAUCGUCUUCACGCCAGGCUUCAAGCCGAUUCUGGACCAAGUGCACAUCAACUACAAUUUGUGGAAGAAGGCAGAGACAAUGCAGCUCAAGUCCAUCAAGGACAUCCUCGAUCAAGUGUUUUACGUGGACGAGCACGCGACCAACUCGAUGAGCCGAAUAUCGUUUCUGCCAAAGCAGCCGCCAACGCCGGGCAGCCCGACGAGCAACGCGAUCUCGUAGCCACUAUCUAUUGCCGUGUAUAAUGCAAAAGUAGAUGCUUUCUUAUCACUA